GCCUGACUACAAAAAGUAAACACAGUUGUUUUGAUCUGUCAAAAAUCAAGAGGCUCGGCUAACCGAACUUUGAGAAAUAGUUUGGUUGUUACCGUGCGUGUGGUGUCGAUUAAAACAGGUUUAUAUCAGGGAACUGAGUCAUACCUCCGUGCUAGCACCGAGUUUCAGUUUGGAAGUUUCCUCUUCGCUCUUUCUGCGUUGCGUUUCAUGUGCUAGCAGGCUAACCAGCUUUUAGCUUGCAUAACAAACAACAUGAGACUGGCUGACGGGCUAGCGGCGGAGUGACACCCAGAAAGCAGUUUGACGCCAUGAAACCCGAACGUCGCCGCCUUGCCGUGGCCGAGGACGGUGCUCUGAGUCCGGCGGCCGGACGGGCGGGCUCGUCGGGGGGUCCGGGCCGCCGUCUCUUCAAAUGUUCUGACCAUACCGGACGCCUGCUGGACGGCCUGCUCAGCCUCCGGGACAGCGACGUCCUGUUCGACGUGGUGCUUGUGGUCGAGGGGCGACCCAUCCAAGCCCACCGCAUACUUCUGGCAGCCUGCUGUGAUUACUUCAGGGGAAUGUUUGCUGGGGGUCUCCGGGAGAUGCAGCAAAAGGAGAUUCCAAUUCACGGCGUGUCGUAUGUGGCCAUGAAAAAAAUACUUGACUUCAUCUACACUUCAGAGUUGGAGCUGGACCUGGAAUGUGUCCAUGAGGUCCUGAUAGCUGCCACGCUGGUCCAGCUUGAAAACGUCAUCAGCUUCUGCUGUGACUUCCUGUACUCCUGGAUGGACGAGAGCAACAUUCUGGAGGUGCAUCACCUCGCCGACCUCUACGGACUGCAGCAGCUCAAAGACAGGAUCCACUUCUACAUCCUCCAGAACAUUCAGACUUUGUCCCGGGCCGACGAGUACCGGCAGCUCCCGCAGGACGAGGUGUUCAGGGCCCUGAGCAGCGACCAGCUGCAGGUGAGCAGCGAGAACGAGGUGUACGAGGCCGCCCUCCACUACCACUACAGUCCGGAGGAGGUAGAAACUGACCAGGUGUACUUGCAGGUCAGUUCAAAGGACAAGCUGAAGAUGAUCGACGCCGUGCGCUUCUGUCUGAUCGAGAAGCAAGUGCUGCAGCGGCUGCACGGCAGGCUGAAGCCCUGCCCGCUGCAGGACUCGGUGUGGUCGGCCCUGCAGUACCAUGAGCAGGAGCUGUGGCAGCCCGUGCUGCAGAGCGCGCUCACGCAGCCGCGCUCCACCUUCCACUGCGUCCUGGGCUUCGGGGGCAUGUUCAGCUCCAGCUCCGGGGGAGACAUCGCGCACCUCUUUCAGGUGUUCCACCCCAGCUGGGGGGAGUGGAGGACGCUCAGCGCCGCACACGCCCCCCGCAUGUCCAACCAGGGCGUCGCCGUGCUCAAUAACUUUGUUUAUCUGAUCGGAGGGGACAAGAACAGCAGCGGGUUUCGAGCAGAGAAUCGCUGCUGGAGGUACGACCCCCGUCACAACAGCUGGUGCUGCAUCCAGCCCCUGCAGCAGCAGCACGCCGACCACUGCGUGUGCGUGCUGGCCGGCCACAUCUACGCCAUCGGCGGGCGCGACUACAGCAGCGAGCUGGACUCGGUGGAGCGCUACGACCCGCACACCAACAAGUGGGAGUUUGUGACGCCUCUGAGGAGAGAGGUAGGGUCAAAGAUGGAAAAAAACAAACCGUGUGUAUGUGAUACCGCCGUUGGCCCACACGAUGGCGCCAGGUGGUCAGCGGCCGGGCUCCUGGCGUUCCCCUCUGACCGGCUCCAUCUUCGCCUCCAGGUGUACGCGCACGCCGGGGCGGCGGUGGACGGCAAGAUUUACGUCACGUGCGGCCGCCGAGGGAUGGCGUACCUCAAAGAGACCCAGUGUUUUGACCCCGCGGCCAAUCAGUGGACGGCGUGCGCGGAGGGGCCGGUGGAGCGGGCGUGGCACGGCAUGGCCGCCGUCAACGGGCGGGUUUACGUCAUCGGAGGCAGCAAUGAUGAGCGAGGGCAUCGGCGGGACGUCCUGAAGGUGGCGUGCUUCAACCCCACCGCCAACUCCUGGUCUCUGAUGAGCCCCCUCCCCUCCGGGCACGGGGAGCCCGGCGUGGCCGUGCUGCACGGCCGCAUCUACGUCCUGGGGGGGCGCUCGCACGACAAAGGAAACCGGAUGAAGUACGUGCACGUGUACGACGCCGAGGCGGACGAGUGGGAGAACGAGAUGGAGUUCAAAGAGCGGGUGUCGGGGCUGGCGGCCUGCGUGGCGCUCAUGCCCCCGGCUGUCAUCGCUCAGGCCAGGAGCUGGGAGCAGCGCACCAAGGCAUCGUGGGAAGAACUGAACAUGGACAGCUCAGAGGCCUCCAGCGAGGACUGAACGCACUCACAAUACACUUCCUCUUCAGAUGUGAGUCCACUGUUGCAUGCAAACCCACGCUGAGAGCCUCUCUGAACCAAAAUGUCUCCUUUGGGACCCUUUGCACCUGUUUUUGCAAAUUUUAAGAUUGAUGGUACAUGAACACAAUCCAGGAACCCAUCCCAGCUCAAAUAUGCUGACCUGUCUUCUGUUCUCCUCGGUCUUUCUCCAUCACACGAGGCUGAAGGCUGCAGAGCUAAAAGCUAAAAGCUUGGAGCAGGUUACAUUCAGCUGCAGAGUUUGUUUUUUUCUCGUUUCAGACUUUUGGACACAUGAUCUUCCAAACCUGAGAGCUUAGACCUAAUCAGUUGUUUUAGGCAACUGCUUCUGUUGCUAUCUGUUUGUUAUUUUUUAAAGAUCUUCUAUGAAGCUAUCAUCAGAUCCCAACAACUGAUCUGCUUAAAAUCUCUUAAUUGUGCCUUGUUCUGUUGUUAUAUCCAUAUCCCUGUUUUCUGUUAUCACCGUAAGUACAGAUGAGCCUUUAGGCUGAAAGUCUGUUCCUGUUUGUACUGAGUGAUGAGGCAGUGGUGCUGUAGGUUGUAGAUCUUCCAUCAAAUUAUGUGUCCACAAUAGCGGAGCGAUAACCAAACCGCUCACUGCACAGCUCAAUAUGCAUAAAAAGGAAAGGCUCAUUUUUAGAGGUUUUUCUGUUCGUCUUGUCUCUUCAAAUGCUUCUGUUUGCUGCCUCGAUUAACUCUUAAUUCUUUUUGAUAUAGAGAGGAAAUAGGAUGGACAACGCGCUCUUGUUUGUGUCGGUAGCGGGUUGAGCGGGGGAGGCGGCCUGUUUGAAAUAUAUUUAUUUUUUCAAAAUGAUAAGAAAACUAAUUAUCGCUGUCGCUCACGCGGGGUAAGCAAGUCUUUUAAAUCAAAUAAAGAUAGUAAUUUAUCAUUCUUGUCCUGUGCAUGUGUCAUUAGGGAUCGCAUGCUUAGCUGGGGGGUGUGUGUGUUGGGUGUGUGGACUUCCUGUUGGGGGACUAAGCAGUGAGGCUUCUUAGUGUUGCACCAAGACAACAGUUAAAUAAAGGAAAGUUGUGGAGUCGAAUCGGAGGCUGAUUUGAAAGAAUUUCUGUAAAACCGGGGGAAACUUGGAGUUCUUCUGGCUGGCUGGCUGUUUUUUCCCCGGACAUAAAGGGCUUUUACUCUUGCCCUCCGCGUGGUCUUUGAUUUGAUUCUUUUAUUUAUUCCAGCAGCAUGAUGCGGGAUACCCGCAGCUGCUUCUUCUCCCCGUCUGAACCCCUGAUGGUAGCGGUUGUUACCCUCUUCCCUUUUAUUCCGCCCAGUCUCCACCAGUUCCUCUCCAUUUGGCUCUAGACUCCAUCGGCUUUAUGAAGGCUGACUGCUACUUUCCUCUCCGAGGCUGUUUCAUCUGCAUCUGUUACCCCCCACCAGCUCUGAGCGAGCACCCCCUCCCUCCUUCUGUUUCACACUAUUGUGCCAGCCCCCGGCAAGUUGUCUGGUAGGAUCUGCUGACACCAGCACUGGACAUCCAGGAUCAACAGUCUGCUGUGUUUACGGGUCACUCUUCUUUAUUCCAGAGCUAUACUACCACCUGGGGGACACUUAAGACAAAUGUCAGGCACUUAACCACAUCAGUGGGCUUCAAAACCAUCGAUCUGCUGCUCUUUGCCUCGCCAUUAUCAAAGCAAUUAAAAGCACCACAUUAGCUAUUGAUGUACAGCUAUGCAGAUUAAACCCAGCGGAGUUGAGGAUGUGUGUGAGUCGAGGGCAUUUUCCCAAGUACCCACUUUCCCUCUCGUCUCACCUGCUGUGCUGGAGAGGAGGAAGGAAAUGGAAAUCAGCGGAGAACAAAGAAAGCCACCAGUGGAUGGAGAUCUAUGCUCUGAGACGUUCCCCCUGGUCCACCUCAACAUGAAAUCUGUGAUGUAAUAAAAUAUGUUUUACUCAAAGACACC